CAAAUGACACUGCACCCUGACUACUGGUUCCUCCGUUAAGUCGAGUUGUUCAGUGUAAUUGUACUGGGUGAAACAUGUCUAUGAAGGUCGCUGUAGUCACCGGAGCUAACAAAGGCAUCGGACUGGCCAUAGUGAAAGGACUUUGUAAAGCUGGUUAUAGUGGAGAUGUUCUCCUCACUGCUCGCAGUGAAGCACUGGGAAAGGAGGCAGUGGAGCUUGUGAAAGCUGAGGGUUUCAAAAAUGUCGUCUUUCAUCAACUGGAUAUUUGUGACCAAGGCAGCUGCAAGGUGCUUGCAAAGUUUUUGAAGGAGAAAUAUGGAGGUCUGGACGUGCUCAUCAACAACGCGGGAAUCGCUUACAAAGUUGAUGCCACUGAGCCUUUUGGGGAACAGGCUGAAGUCACCAUGCGCACCAACUUUUGGGGAACUCUGUGGGUGUGUCAUGCCCUGUUCCCGCUACUGAGGUCCAAUGCUCGUGUGGUCAACGUGUCCAGCUUUGUCAGCAAACAAUGUCUGGAUAAAUGCAGCCCAGAACUCCAGGCAAAGUUGAGAAGAACAGAUAUGUCAGAGGAGGAGCUCUGCUUAAUGAUGGGGGAGUUUGUUACUGCUGCACAGAGUGGAACUCAUCAGGCUAAAGGCUGGACAAACAUUGUUUAUAGUACCACCAAGAUUGGUGUAACUGUUCUUUCAAGAAUCCAAGCACGGGUUCUUAAUGAAACCAGAUCUGCUGAUGGCAUUCUCCUCAAUGCCUGUUGCCCAGGUUGGGUUAGAACAGACAUGGCUGGUCAAAAUGCCCCUAAGAGCCCAGAGGAAGGAGCAGAAACGCCGGUGUACCUGGCAAUGUUGCCACAAGGAGCAAAGGAGCCACAUGGACAGUUGGUUUGGGACAAAACAGUGCAGGAAUGGUAAAAGAAAUGUAAAGUAUAAAUAAAAAAACAAAUAAAAUAUAUGAAAGUAGGGCUGUCAAUCAAGUAAAAUAUUUAAUCACGAUUAAUCGCAUGAUUGUCACGAGUGAACUCAGGAUUAAACGCAUCUUAAUCGCACAUUUAUAUAUUCUAAAUGUACCUUAAAUAAAUAGAUUUUAAGUUUUUAAUACCCUAAUCAACAUGGGCUUCGACAGAUAUGGAUGCUUUAUGCAAAUGUAUGUUUAUUAUUAUUGAAAUCAUACUCAACAUAGAACAUGAAGACAAAAUAUUUUUGUAAAUAUUUAAAAGUAAUUAUGGUGUUUUUAAAUUACAUAAAUCAUCAGGGAACCAAAAGGUACUUUUGCUACAUUUCCACACGGACUUAUUUAAUUGGCGGUUGUGUGCACCAUGGUGGAUUUGGUGCUUGAUCUGAGACUUGGAAUAUCAGUAAAACAAAUGGUUAAUGAUUACAAAUAUUUUCUU